CUCUCUCUCUCUCUCUCUCUCUCUCUCUCUCUGGUUCAGUGGUGGUGCGUUUGUUUGUGUGACGGCGAGUCCCGGUGGUGUAACCGGAGAGGGGCCUCGCAGAGGGAAUGCAGGACUGCAAUGGAGCACAAUGCAAUACAGUGGUUGGGUGCUCCUUGCUGCCAGAGAGGCAGCUACGCCUUCUACAAGUCGGUCGGCAGCAAAACCCGAGCCGACGGCCCCGUGCAGGUGUGGCGGCUGGGCGAGUUUUACUUUGUCCGCUGCGGGGCGGAGGAUCCCGUGUGCAUCGCUGAGGUGACUUUACUAUGGGAAGACCAGAUGCAGCGCCACCUCCUGGCCAGCACCAGACUCUACUUCCUGCCAGAAGACACACCAAAGGGUCGAACCGGGGAGCACGGAGAGGACGAAGUUCUGGCCGUGUCCCGAAAGAUGGUGAUGCGGGUGGAGGACCUGGUGCGGUGGUCGUGCGCCGAGCCGCCGGGGUGGAUAGGCAAGCCGAAGGCAGCGCCGUGCGUCACCCCCAACCGAAUCCACCAACCGCCACAGGGCAGCGACACGGCCGACGGCGCCGGCAACACAACGGACUACAAGCCUCUGAAGGACAAGAGUGAAAACGGCGUGGCCGAAUGCAAGAGCGUCAAAGUCCUCAGCUACCCACAGUACUGCCGCUACCGCUCGCUGCAGAGGCGCAUCCAGGACGACGCCCGGGGUCCGGCGCUGCAGGACGUCCACCUGUUGGCCCUGGGCGGCGUCAGGGUGACGCCCAGCACCCGCUUGAUGUACUGCAGGGACACUUUCAACCACCCCACACUGGAAAGCAGCGUCAGUUUCUCCUGGCACUUCCGGUGUCCAUCUCUUAGCCUCCGAGGACGACCUCGCAAGAGACGAGGCCAUGACGGCAGAGACACACCGACCUCCGGCCAGUCGGAAUCCUGGAUCGAGAAGAUGAAGGAGAACGUGAUGGGCAGCGUGGAGGUGGGCGGCGACGGCGGCUGGCUCCCCCACCCCGAAGAGCAGCUGUUCCUGGACGAGCUCUUCGCCUUUAUGGAGCGCCAAGGCUCACCCAUCCACAAAGUGCCCAACCUCGGAUUCAAGAAGAUCGACCUCUUCCUCAUGUACUCGGUGGUCAGACGUCUCGGAGGCUAUGAAAAGGUCACGUCGGACCGCAUGUGGAAGGUGGUUUACAACGAGUUGGGCGGAUGUCCUGGCAGCACCAGCGCCGCAACCUGCACCAGGAGACACUACGAAAGGCUGAUGCUCCCUUACGAAGAGCAUCUGAUAGCCGGAGGCAUAGAACUCCAAAUCCCACAAUGCAACCUGCCCGUCAAGCCCAGAGGCAUCCGAGGGAGGAAGCCGCUCCCACGGAACCGAAAACCUGGACCCAAAGUCAAAGCCAAGAUGGCAGCCACCCCACCUACCACCAUCACCACCGCUGACGGCACCGUGGUGGUGGUGAAGCGAGGGCGAGGGCGGCCGCCGGGCAAGCGCAACAAGGCCUCUCUGAUCGCUGAAGCCAAACUGCUGGCGCAACAACAAGCCAGGGUCAAAGCGGAGUCUUCGACGGCUCUCCUUGCGGCCCCGAGCGCCAAUGGACUGGCGCCUAACGGCAGCGCGCAGCAGGUGCCGCAGCCUCUCGCCUCUGCCUCCCUGCAGCCCACCCAGCCGGCCCUCCUCCCCAUCAACAUGCCCCUCACUCCCGACCUCUCCCCCAUGUCCACCCCCUUCCUCCCCUUUCCGCCCAAGCCAAAGGAGCAGCCCAAGGAUCGGGCCGGGGAGUCCGCAGCCGCGGCUCCGGGCGCCCUCCUCUCGGCGCUGCCUCGCCAUUUUGUGGGCGGAUCCUUGGGCGGGUUCAGCCCCAUCAAAGGCCUGUGUCCCCUGGACGUGCUCAGGAACUGCGUGAGCUUCCAGAGGGUCACGGAGAGCCCCGGCCUGACGCCCCAAGAGCCGAGUCAGCCGCACGCCGCCGUCUACACCCUCCAGCCCAAACACGGAAGCCCGGACACGCCUCUUCCGAUCGCAGACCAGCUGCCGCCGCCGCCGCCGCCGCCCCGCCCUGUUCAGCAGCACCACAACCUGUACUCUGGGUGCAACCUGGACGAGGACACCGAGAGGGGAGGCGCUCGGGAUCCACGCUACCGUCAACCUCUGCCCCCACUCCGGGUCCUACCUUUGGACCUGGACUGUAGUGUCCAAGUACGACAGCUGAUGAGGACGCGCCUUGGCUCGACUCAGUUUCAAACCUUCACCCGCAGGCUCUCCGAGGCGCUCUCCCAGGACCUGAGCGUCAAGCCGCCUUGCUCUCCCAUCACGCCGCCGCCCGAGCAGGCCCUGCCCCUCAACCUCAGCAAGCGCUUUACCCUCAAGCGACCCGGCACGGACCCUGCCGAGCUGGGUCAAGCGACCACUAACGGCACGGAGUACGAGCCGUCUCUCAAGAAAGUCAAAGCCGAUUGCUCGGAGCGCGCCGCAGACUUUAGCCUGGGCGGUGGCCGCGGGCGCCUCAUCUCGGGGGCCAUUGGAGGGGGCGGCCAGGAACCGGGAGCAAAAAGCCAGGAGGAACCGGCAGACCUGAGCUCCCCCGGCAGGAUCAGGGCCUUCCUGCUCGGCCUGCCGCCAUUCCAGGUGAAACUGGACGAGGAUCUGAACGGGAUGAAGUUCGGCAAAGUCCUCCCGUCGGGCUCCGGGAUGGAAAGCCAGAGGACUGUAACAGCUACGAAAGAAGCCGAAGCGGAGCGAACGGAGACGAGUAACCGCAAGUCGGAAUUCACGACCAAACAGGUAGGAAACGUCGAGAUGCGGAACGAGGACGUCCAGGAGGAAGGGAACUCCUCGGCGGACAAAAUGGAGGAAUUCGGCGAUCAGAUGGUAGCCAGUGUGGAAAAGUGUGACGUGGAAGUCUCAAAGGGCCACCCGAGCCCCGUUCUGCCCCAGGCCAGUGCUCUGGUCCUGGCUCAGCAGAGCUGAAGAGACUCCACCCACAAAACUAUCAUCCACCUUUUUUUUUUUUUACCAGCCUGGUGGGAGGCCAACAUCUGCGCUCAGAAUGUUUUGAUCACAUUCUUACAGUCACACAGACAAUCGCAAAUCAUUUCUUUUCUUUCCCGUGAAACAAGCAACGGAGACUCUUGAACAAGCGCUGCCACAUUCUUAGCCCCACCCUUCUCAUCCAUUAUUCAAAAGAAAUAUCGAAUAAGAUCCAUCAAUAAAUUAAAACCUAAGUCUAUUACGCAUAAGGGGCAUGCUAUGCAUCGAGCCAUCACAACGAGCAUCUGUACUGUAGUCUGGUAGCUUCAAAUUUGAAUUGUGCUCUACUUCUGUCGAGACAGUUAUUUUACCAUUUAAAAAAAAAAACAGUUCUCGGGAGCACACACACACAUAUAUGCGCGUGGGGCACUCCCAGAAGUCGUGCUCAUUAGUUAGUUAGCUUAACGUUAUAUGAAGUGUUUAACUAUUAGCUCGCUUUUCCGACACUAACGUGCCUUAUAGGGGCCCGCGGUCAUCGCCGGCUUCGCUUCGCUUUAAAGAGAUACCUUGACGCCGGGACGGAAAUUUUCACGGCACGCCACCACACGCAGAAAAAUUCACGUCAAGUAUAUCAUGGUGAACACGUCCGAAUUCACUCGCAAAUCGUUCACUUAUUCAGUGUAUAACUUAUGGACCUGUUCAGUUGAACACAAAGCGAUCAUUCUCGUGUGUGAGCGAGUGUGCGUGCACGUGUACGGCAAUCGUUUUAAUUGUACCUUCUGCCAUUUAGUGAAAAAGAACAUUUUCUCUCUGUCAUUAUAUGUCGCCGGAAUAGAUGAAUGAACAGCGAAACAUAAAAUGGAGAAUUAUUUUGGACACAGCCAAAGGGGAAACAAAAAAAGUACAACUUUCCAUGUCAAGGUGUCCCUUUAAUCCCCGCCUUCUUCCUUUUGAAAUCAUCUGUAUACUUUAUGGUUCAAAUUUGCACAUGUCCAUAUUUAUACGCGUGUCAUCUUUUUUUUUUUUUUUUCUUGAGUAGUGGAAGCAACAACUACGACUGUCCAUCCUUCAUGACUACCUGGUGCUGUUUAUUUCUUGUUCUGUAGCCAAAGCCAAUCUAGUCCAACACUCAAACCUCUCUCCACACACACACACACACACACACACACACACACACACACACUACAAACUCUCAAUAUGGUGAAGUGUUUCAAAAGAUAGUGGAAUACUUCCCAUUUGUGUCAUAGUGACACUUCUUUUUUUUUUUUCUUCUUCUUUUUUUCAAUUACCUUUUCAUGUAUCACACUGUUUGGUCAUUUUACGUCCGACUCAAUCUGGAUGAUACUUUCCGUUGUUUCACUUUUUAUUUAUCAAGAGUGAGCAUAGCGACGGUUGCUGAGCUGAGAAAAAGGUUGUAAUAUUACGAGAAAGUUUUAAAAAAAUAUAAUAAUAAUAAUGUCAUACAAUAAAUGUGACAUGACAACAAUAAGGUAAUAUGAUGAGAAAAAUAUAUUUAUGAAAAUUAUUACAGGAAUUGUCAUCAUGAAUAAUGUGACAUUAGUAAAAAAAAAAAAUGACCUACAUAAAGUCGUAUAGAAGAAAUGAGUCUGAAUUUGACGAGGAACAAAAUAAAAAGUACAGGAAGAAUGUUGUAAAUUUAUUAGAAUAGCCGAAAUGUUAAGAGAAAAAAAAUUACAAUAGCAUCAUAACGUUAGCAAGAAAACGUACCAUUAUGAAAAUACAGUUGUGAUAUUAUGGGAUGAAUUUAAUAUUAAAAGGGGGGGGGGAACAUAACGUUACACUCAAAAAAAGAUUGUAAAUGACAAAAUACAAUCAUAAAUUUCCUGCCAUAAAUUUUAUAUUACAAGAAUAAAAAUGUAAUUUUCGAAGCAAAAAUGUUGUAGAUUCCCGAAGAAAAUAUUACAAGGACAAAGUUGGGUGGAGAAAGUUGUAUAAAUACUGAAAAAAAAAAAUCGGUCCGUUUCUUGUAUAGAAAAAAAAACAUUUAUUGUAAUGUUAUGCAAAGUUUUUUAAUAGAAUAAUGUUGCGAUAUUCGAAGAAAAGAAGUAAAUCUACUGGAAUAAAAUAGGGAUUUUGUCCCCCCCCCUC